AUGAUGAACGCACUCAACAUCCUUCCGUCAUAUACAGACUACUUCUCUCUCACGACCACGACACUCGCUCUCAAUACCUCCGCAGUCUGGCUCGGUGGCUGCUUAGCAGGAAUGUUCUUCGGUCUCGUAACUGACUGUGUCGGCCGGAAAAACGCCAUGCUCAUCGCAGCACUCAUCACAAUCUUCGCCGCAAUCCUCCAAGCAGCCAGUCAGAACAUAGCCAUGUUCGUCAUCUCCCGCAUUUUGAUUGGACUGGGCAUGAAUGGUAGUGCGACAGCUGGCCCAGUCUACAUUGCCGAGACGCUGAAGCCCCAGUGGCGAGGAUGGGGUUUGGGUUUGUUCUUUGACUUUUAUUACGUCGGGGGCCUGAUCUCGGCUGGUAUUACGUAUGGAACGGCGAGGAUGCAGAGUACGUGGGCUUGGAGACUUCCUUCUGCUUUGCAAGGUCUGUUCAGUAUCCUCUGUAUCGUCAUUCUACUGUUCAUCCCAGAGUCUCCGAGAUGGCUCAUCCAUAAGGGACGGAAAGAAGAAGCUAUCGAAGCUAUUGCUCUUACUUGCGCAGACGGCAAUAAAGACGAUCCGGUUGUGAAAGUGCAGUAUCAGGAGAUUGUUAAUACGCUUGCUUGGGAGAAGGAGCAGGGUGAGACGUUGAGUCUGCUGCAGACUGUUAAGACACCUGGUGCUAGGAAGAGGAUGAUGCUUAGCUUGAGUGUUGCGGUGUUUACGAUGUUGAGUGGGAAUAAUAUUGUUAGUUAUUAUUUGGGGACGAUGUUAACGAAUGCGGGCAUCACGGAUAGUACGACUCAACUUGAGAUUAACAUCAUUCUCAAUGCUUGGUGUCUGGUUAUAUGCCUCUUUGGGACAUCACUCCUGGAUAUCCUGGGUCGCAGGUCCCUGGCUGUCUGGUCGACUGGUCUUCUGACAAUGUUCAUCUUUAUGAUCGGUGGUCUCACAGCUGCCUACGGCACUUCAACCAAUACUGCCGGAGUCUACGGUACCGUAGCAUCAAUCUUCCUAUUCCAAGGCUCAUACUCUUUUGGAUGGACACCACUUACGAUGGUAUAUCCUCCCGAAGUACUGAACUUCAGCAUCCGCUCGAACGGCAUGGCAAUUUACGCAUUCAUCGUCAAUGGCGCAGGCUUGCUGGUGACGUUCGCGUUCCCGCAUGCGCUAAAUGCUAUUGGAUGGAAGACAUAUAUGAUCAAUGGGGCUUGGGAUGUGCUUGAACUUGUUUUUGUAUUGUUAUUUUGGGUUGAGACGAAAGGGAAGACUUUGGAAGAGAUCGAUGAGUUCUUUGAUGGGGAGAAGCAUAGUGAUGUCCCGGAUCUGGAAUCGAUCAUGAAGGGGGAGCCGAGACAUGAGGAUUUGGUUGUUGAUGGUGUUGAGCCGGUCACGAAAGUCCCUGUCAAGGUUUCGAAGCAGGCGGGCUAG